AUGGAACCCUCCGACGCCCGAGAGGGCACGACACAGCACGCCGAUCCAGAAACACCCGCUUGCCAGUCAUGUCGAAGCCGAAAGCUGCGCUGCUCAAGGGAGGUCCCGUCUUGCAAUCGCUGCACGCGUCUUGGAAUCGACUGCCGCUAUGACUAUACCUGGAACAAACCAGGGGUGAAAGUGGGCAUAAUCCAGGCCCUGAACCAGCGGGUUGAAACACUAGAAGCUCAAUUAGAGGCUGUAAGGGACCAGCACCAGCUCACGGGCAGCGUUUCAACCCCAUCAAACUUGGGCUACGAUGCAAACGCAAUUAGAGACCUGGUCUCUUCCUUUAUGGAGGAGUGGCGCGAUAGCCAUCCACUCCCUGAUCAGCGUCACCAGCAGACUAUAGAUGAUGCUAUAGUGGUGGCCGAUAGCCCCCAACCAAGGGAUCCUGUCGUGACCACGCCAGAUCACCAACCACCCCACAAGAGAAGAUUCCCGGAGCCCAGAGGUCGAGAUUUCAGCGCAUCGUCAGCUCAGCUGCCCCUAGAUGAUCUGAUCAACGCCAUCAUUGAUGCUUAUUUCUCUGUGGUUCAUCCAUUCAUUCCAGUCAUUCAUGAACCGCUCUUCCGAUCUCGUCUACGAGAUCCAACUGAGAGACCGAAGCUCAUCAUUGUGCUCCAUGCAAUGAUGGUCUGCGCCUUACGGUACGUUGCACAUGAGCGGCUUGCGGGAGAAUGGCUCGGAUCCUACCCGGAUGCUCUGCAAAAAUCUCGGGAUUAUGUCCUUCUAGCAGGAAUGGAUGAUCUUUCCGUGGAGAAUUUCCAGGCUCUGAUCAUGGUGGCCUUUGUGCAUGUCGGUGAUGGAAACGCCAACAAGGCAUGGCCGAUUAUAGGAACCCUCUCUCGAGCCGUUGUCUACCUAGGCCUGCACAAGGAAUCAGACGAAGAUUACCAGGGAGAACUUUGCCUCAAGCCGUUGUGUCAUCUACCACAACCCCGAGUGUGGACAGAAGCGGAAGAACGGCGACGAGUGUUUUGGAACGUUUUCCUCCUCGAUAGAUUCUGCUCAACCAUUACAGGCUGGAACGUCAACUUGUCAAGCGAAGAUGUCCAAGUUCGACUACCUAGCGACGGCUUAUACUGGACUAAAGAAGAGCCAGUGACUACCCCAUUUUUCAAUAUAUGGGAUUCUUCUAUGGCGAAGAUAGGAAAGUCUGUUUCUUUCCUUCCCAGCCACUUCUCCUCUCUCGCAGACCUAGAUAGAGAAGCUGCUGCUACAGCCCCGGCCUCUGAACGUGUCUCCCCAGUUGCCCAGGCAUCUAAAGGGCCCACAGUGGAUGUUUCCACCAUAGGCUCAUUUGCAUACUGCAUUGAAGCCACCGAGUCCCUCAACCGGGUCGUCAAAUUCUUCCUUCAACGACCUGUUAAAUUUGAAAGUAAACAGCAAUUCAGUUCUUGGCUGACACGGUUCAAGGAGUUGGAUCUUCAGCUUAUUCACUGGAAAAUGUUUCUCCCGCGGAGAUGGAAAGACUCCAAUAUAUCCAAGGAGCCCGCGUUUGUGCAUAUGGACCCCAAUCUGACCCUUGCCCAUAUCACUCAUAACACCUCCAUGAUCCUCUUACAUCAAAGUAUCGCAUAUCCACAUGUCAAAAUUCUCGCUAAAUUGAAGUCAGCAAGCUCUGGGAGUGCGGAAACCUGCCAACUCGCUGCAUCGGAGACUGCCAACAUUGUUCAAAAAUAUUUACAAUAUACACCAUUUGUCGGCUUAGUUAACGCACAGUUUGCCUUUUGUGCAUUUAUUAGCGCCCGUGUCAUGAUUGGUGAGCUUUAG